AUGUCCAGCAACUUGGAACCAGGCGAUUGGGCCGAAUUCCAAGAAUUGUCCGUGAAGUACCACACUCAAGACGGAACAUUCACCGAAGACCACGCAACAUACAAGUGGAAUAGGACCCUGAUCGAGGCCUGUAAGAUGAUUGGCCGUGACGCCUGCCCGGGACCGAAAGUCGAGGGUUGGGUGCGGGAUCAAGGAUUCCGGAACGUACACCAUCAAAAGUUCAUGCUCCCGGUUGGCCCCUGGCCCAAGGAACCCCACUACCGAGAUAUUGGCAUGCUCAAUCUGGCCCAGACACUGGAAGGUCUGGAGGGCUUCUCCUUGAAGCUCUUCUGCGGUGUCCUCGGACGAACGAAAGAGGAGGUGUUCGUUGAGCUUUCGCAGGUGCGAAAAGAGCUGAAGACGGGCGCGUUCCAUGCCAUGUUUGACUUACACGUUGUCUAUGGACAGAAGCCCUUUGAGACGGAGGCAGAAGAAUGA